AUGAAUAUAAUGGGUGUUCGACAUCAUCAAUUUGAUUAUGUUGUUACUAAAAUUUUGCCAUUCAUUGGUUCUUCUAUUCGAUCAUUUGUAAUUAAUGGGAAUUGGGAAACAAUAAUUUCUACUAAAGCAUUAACUAUUCUUUUUGCACCAUCUAUCUCAUCUAUAUUUUCUCAACUUCAAAAGCUUACACUAAAACUAUUUACUGGUAAAAGACUUUUGUCAUUUCUUGACAAUAUUAUAGAUUUUUUGCAGCUUGUUGAACUUGAUAUUCGAUUUCUCAAAGAAGAUGCUGACGAUAAAUUAAUAACAAAAAUCUUUGCUUCCAACAAUGGACGACUUAGAUCGAUAUCAUUCGAUGAUGAUUCAAUUGCUUUGAAUCUAUUCAAAGAUAAUAAUGAUGAAAGUAUUUCAUUUCCAAACAUUCAACAGCUUAAAAUUAAUUUGAAAUUUAUUUAUGUACUACCACGUCUUUUCAAACUCAUACCCAAUAUACAUUGUUUAUAUGUGUAUGUUGAAAAUAUGUCACAUGAACAAGACUAUAAUAAAUUAUUUAAUGAUUUAUCACCUCUCAUUUAUUUAACUGAUUUUCAUUUACGUUUAGUCAAUUUCUUAUGGAUAUUCGACGAUAUUACGAAUAUAUUAAGACAGAUGCCAUUUUUACAAAAAUUAACACUUGAUUUAUGGACAAGUGAUGAACAUCUAAUCAACGGAGAGAAUCUAAUCUCGAUACUUCCAUCAUCUCUCAAACAAUUUCAUUUUCUUAUUCGAUAUUACACUUCACAAUCAAAUUUUGAAAUAGAUCGUCUACUUACAUCGUGGUCAAAUCAUAUGUCAAUAAACUAUUUCUUGGAUAAAGAUAAUAAUUGUGUAUUACUGUAUAGCAGACCUUGUUGUUUAUGUUCAACUAUUUUAUCAGCAACAAUAAGUAAAUAUCUGCCAUCUUCUUGGAUACAAAUACAACAAAUUGAAGAUUUACAAAUCACCAAUGUAACAUCUUUUACUGAAAUACUUUUAAUAAUACAACAUCUUCAUCAACUUCGAACACUCACAAUUGAUGUAACAAACAAUUCAGAAAAUGCGAUGUCAUCAACUCAAUCUAUUCGUCUUCGAUUACCUCGACUUAAGAAACUUGAAGUACAUGGUAUAUGUCAAUUAUUUCAUUUACUUCAGGCAGCACCUAAUCUUGAAUUUUUAAUCGUCGAGUACGAUUGUAUCAAGGCUUUACUUGAUGAUGAACCUGCAUGCAAUUUAUUACAAAAACGACUCAUUCGUCUUGAAAUUUUUAAAGGAGAAAAUAUGGAUGUAGAACAAUUACAACGUAUUGCUGAUGUAUUCAAUUAUCUUAUUGAAUUUAUCUUAAAUAUGAAAAAAUCAAAAAUAUUCAUUGAUUCGAUUAUAUUGACAACGCUGACACUUUGGAAUAAGAAAGAACUUUUUUCACUACAUAUCGGUGGUUUAGUGUCGGAUGAAGCAACGAAAAAUCUUCAAGAAUGGUUAAUCAAUCAUACAGAUUUAACAAGAGAACAUUCUUUUGUAACCACAUAUGAAAACGAUUGGUUUUCGUUGUGGUGGUAA